AUGUUCCACUGGCCGCGCACGAGUCACUUCCUUCCGCUAACCAUUCCUCUCAAGGCCCCAUUGCUGCUACCACUCUUCGCCCUCAUCCCUUCCUCCCUCUUUUUGCCCUUGACCGCCCUCCUCUACAUCCUCCUCGACCUUCUCUGCGCCAAUGCCCUCAUACGUAUCACAGAGUCUGGCGAGUCACGCUCUUCACGUCUGUUCACAUCGCCGAGGAAGGAUAUGAAAUGGGAUAGCAUAGCGGUAGCCGCCGCAUACUUAUUCAAUCCCUUCACCAUCGCUACAUGUAUAGGCAGACCAACAAGCGUCUUCACGAAUUGCGCCAUCCUUUACGCCAUUGCCCAGGCCGUCUCCAGCAAACCCAUCACCUCCAUGCUUGCUCUGGGUCUCGCCUCAUACCUGUCGCUUUAUCCAGCCCUUUUACUUCCUCCUCUGAUCCUACUCUGCUAUGAUCGGAAAGCAAGAGAGACAAAGGCGCCUCCAAAUGCAACUUUUUCGACUGCCACAUACCUCUCCGUCUUUUCCGCAAGCAUAGCGUGGUUCUUGCAUCUCUCAAAAGUUCUGACUGGAGGUUCAUCCGAGUAUCUGGCAUCUACAUAUGGCGUCCACCUGCUUCUGCCGGACUUGACACCAAAUGUGGGGCUCUGGUGGUAUUUUUUCAUUGAGAUGUUCGAUUCGUUCAGGGAAUUCUUCCUGGGUGUAUUCUGGCUGCAUUUGGGGGGCUACGUUGGGGCUUUAUGCAUUCGUCUUCGCACGCAGCCGCUGUUCGUCAUCACUACAUUGCUGGGCAUCUUUGCAAUAUUCAAGCCGUACCCGAGCAUUUCGGAUACGUCUUUGUAUUUUGCUAUGCUGCCAUUGUAUAGACACAUUUUCCCCUUGAUGCGGUAUACCUUUUUCGCCAUGGCCACGAUCCUGUACGCGAGCUUGCUGGGCCCUGCCUUCUACUACCUCUGGAUCUAUGCGGGUUCCGGCAACGCAAACUUUUUCUAUGCCAUUACUCUCGUCUGGAGUCUCGGCCUGUCGGAGAUUGUUGCGGAUUCCCUGUUCGCGGUCCUUCGAGACGAAUGGGAAGUCGAGAGGCCGGAGAUGAAAGGCAAAGAUGUCAGACAGAUAUAG